ACUUGAAAGGAUAAAUUAUGACCGCAGCCUGACUAACAGUUCACUUUGUGGCAGCAGCCGUUUGAUCAAGAAAACUGGGCAGAACUAUAACUUAGUUUUUUUUUUAAACUAUAACUAUAAUAAUUGUAUUAUUUUAGUUAGACAGCCCAAGCGGGUGCAUUAUGGACCCCAAGAAGUCUGCGACGGCUCCUCCGCCGGAAUGGGCCGGAGAGAAGUCCACUAUGGGCCAUGUGCCCCCUCCGCCCUACCAGGACAACCAGGGGUUGCAUCAGCCCGGCAUCGGGUACCCACCACCGCAGCAGGGCUAUGGACCUCCGCCGCAGUAUGGAGGUGCUUAUGGGCAACAGCAGUACCCCGCAGGUCAGCAGUACCCCGCAGGUCAGCAGUACCCCGGAGGUCAGCAGUACCCCGCAGGUCAGCAGUACCCCGGAGGUCAGCAGGCCCCGGUCGUAGUCCAGCCCACCGUGUACGUGACUCGAGGCCCGCUCGCCGUCCCCGUCAACGACUACCUGUGCUACUCCAUCUUCACCCUGCUGUGCUGCUGCCUGCCACUCGGAAUCGCCGCCCUCAUCUACUCCAUCUCGGCCCGUGAAGCCAACCAUUCCGGGGACCAGCACUCAGCGGAGCGGAGCAGCAAGAUGGCCAGGACCCUGAACCACGUGGGCCUAGGACUCGGCAUCGGGUUCCUGAUCCUCAGCAUUGUUUACGUUGUGGUUAUGACAAAUUCACUUUCGCAUUAAAUCAGUUUGAUUGGUCUUUCCCAUAUUUCUAGUUUGGGUAGUUAGACCACAUGAGGAACAUCACUUCCACAGCCUUGUAUUCCAUGACUCUUCAACACCGCAGAGAGUAACCAGUACAGUUCCAAAGAUGUUUCUUCAACACGCUUUCUAUGUUCUAUGACGCAUCUAAAAUCUAUAAAACAUAAAAAAUAUGUUAUCCAACGUUGAUGCCUUUAUAAGUUCACCCUUUGGGCACAUGUAGUAUUAUCCAAAGUGUUUCAUAAUCCAUGUUCGAAUAGUAAAUGAUUAUCAAUACGCA